UUGUUUCAUGCUUUUGGUCAGUGUGGAGUCACUGUGGUGAUUUUUUUGUGUAAUUAUUUAGUAAAGUAAUCAUAAAACAGGUAUAUCAAAAACAAUUAAAUAUCUUCUGAUGUUUUAGAUAAAGUGCAUACGAUUUGAUACAGAACCCUGUAAGUUUACGAUAAAGCCAGAAUCAUGUCUCGUUUCUUCGCUGGAGGCUCGGAAUCGGAUACCGAUAGCUCUUCGGAUAGUGAGCCAAUCCAACGGCAGGCAGCACCACAAUUCACUUUCAGCGAUGAGGAAGAGGAUGUUAAACGUGUUGUACGUUCGACCAAGGAAAAACGAUACGAGGAUUUAUCUAAUCUUAUUAAGAGUAUUCGCAACUAUAAGAAGAUCAAAGAUAUGUCCAGUUUACUAACCAGUUUCGAAGAUUUGACGAGAGCAUAUGCAAAAGCCUUGCCGGUUAUUACUAAAGUUGAAAAUGGUAUUACUCCGCGUUUCGUGAUUCGUGCUUUGGCCGAGUUGGAAGACUUCAUCAAUGAGGUCUGGGAAGACAGAGAUGGACGAAAAAAUUUGUCCAAAAACAAUUCAAAAUCUCUUGGAGCGUUGCGUCAAAAGUUCCGCAAGUAUAUUAAGGAGUUCGAGAGCGAAUUAAAAAAGUUCCGCGAGUCUCCGGAUGCUGCCGAUGACGACGAAGAAGAAGAAGAGAAAAAGGAUGAAGAAGAAUCGGAAGACGAGCAAGUGGUGGCCCCUAUGGCAGCACGAGCGGUAUCUUUCAAGAAGACCGUCGAGAAAGUAAAGGUGGAAAAGGAGGACGAUGAUUCAGACGACUCAAUUGACUGGGGUUCCGAUUCUGAGUCUGAUGAAAGCUCGACCGAUGAAGAAACUCAGUACACCAGUAUUCGCGAACGUUUCUUGAAACGAGCUGAUAAAGACGAGGGUGAGGAUGGUGAGAAAAAAAAAGAAAAGAAGAAGGUUAGAGAAGCGAAGGAUAGUCGUAAGAGUAAGCGUGUCGAUGAUGACGAUGAAGGAUGGGAGGUUGUCAAUGGAAAUCGUUCUGCUACUUCAGAACAACCAAAAAUGUUUGCCAAGGAUGCUGAAAUUGAUGUUAAUUUGGUGAUAAAUAAAUUGAAUGAAGUGAUGGCUGCUCGAGGUAAAAAAAGAACGGACAGAAAAAUGCAAAUUGAAUUCCUGCGAGAAUUACGUACAGUAGCUGAUGCCAACAACUUGGGCGCUGCUGUUGCUGCCAAGAUUCGAUUCAAUAUCGUUUCGGCUAUUUUCGAUUAUAACCCUAAAGUUUCAGAACCGAUGAAACUAGAACAUUGGUCAAAACUGCUUGAAGAAAUACAAGCUCUUAUAAAAUUGUUACUUGCAAAUGAAGACAUCCAUCUCUCCGAAACUGUGCUUGAUGAAAAUGAGGAAUAUGAAACUGCUCCUUACAAAAUUCGUGGUUGUAUGUUGACAACUGUGGAGCGCUUAGAUGAUGAAUUUACUAAAUUGCUUAAGGAAUGCGAUCCUCACAGUAAUGAUUAUGUGGACCGAUUGAAAGACGAAGUAACGGUGACCAAUGUUAUUGAAGAGGUAGUUAAAUACGUUGAACGUCUGGGAGAUGAGAUGGAAACAUGUAGAAUUUAUUUGCGCAAGAUUGAUCACCUGUACUACAAGUUUGACCCCAAUGUUUUGAAAAAGCGAAAGGGAUUGCUUCCUGCAGGUACGCAAACUUCGGUAGAUGAAAUGGAACGUGUUUGUCGUUUUAUAUACGCCAAGGAUCAGACUGAUCGUCUUCGAACCCGUGCUAUUCUGUCGCAUAUUUUCCAUCACGCGUUGCAUGAUAAUUGGUUCCAGGCUCGUGAUUUAGUAUUAAUGUCCCAUCUACAGGAAACUAUUCACCAUUCGGAUCCACCCACUCAAAUUCUCUAUAAUCGGACAAUGGCAAAUCUAGGACUUUGUGCUUUCCGCCAUGGAAACGUAAAAGACGCACACCAGUGUUUAGUAGAUCUCAUGAUGACCGGUAAGCCAAAAGAGCUUCUCGCCCAAGGAUUGGUACCACAACGCCAAAAUGAGCGCUCGUUAGAGCAGGAGAAAGUAGAGAAACAACGUCAAAUGCCAUUCCACAUGCACAUCAAUCUAGAGCUUCUGGAAUGCGUUUAUCUGGUUUCGGCUAUGUUAUUGGAAAUCCCAUAUAUGGCAGCCCAUGAAUUUGAUGCUCGUCGUCGUAUGAUCAGUAAAACUUUCUAUCAACAAUUGCGUUCUUCGGAACGGCAGUCAUUAGUAGGCCCUCCAGAAUCCAUGCGAGAACAUGUUGUGGCAGCUGCGAAGGCUAUGCGGCACGGAGAUUGGAACGCGUGUGCAAAUUUCAUUGUCAAUAAAAAAAUGAACGUUAAGGUGUGGGACUUGUUCUACGAAGCUGAUCGUGUUCGGGAGAUGUUAGCCAGAUUUAUAAAGGAGGAGUCUCUCCGAACAUACCUUUUCACAUAUUCCAAUGUCUACGCUUCAAUAAGCGUUCCUUAUCUAUCAGAAAUGUUCGAUUUACCCAAAAGUAAGGUGCACUCGUUAAUCAGUAAAAUGAUUAUCAACGAAGAAUUGAUGGCUUCAUUGGAUGAUCCUACCGAAACGGUUGUCUUGCAUCGAUCAGAACCAUCGCGUCUUCAAGCACUGUCAAUGCAACUGUCCGAUAAGGUUACAAAUCUUGUAGAUUCUAAUGAGCGCAUUUUCGAAAUGAAACAAGGCAACUUCUUCCAACGUGGUGGCAAUCAAGGUUACAACCGCGAUCGUCAGAACUAUCGCAACCAGAAUCAAAACCAAAAUUGGAGUAACAAUCGACGUCAGGAUAACCGUGGCAACCGUGGUAAUCGCAAUCAAAAUCACCGCGAACAUCGAGAACAGCGUGACCAGCAUCAUCGUGUAGAAUUCAUUGAAGAUAAGGCUGAGUAAUCUACUUGCGCAAAUUCCUGAACAGGAGAUCGAAACGUAAAAUUUUUGAUAAAAACUUCAUACAUCAUCUGACAGUAGUUUCAGAACAGUUCAAUAUUAAUUCAGACUUUCAACAUCAAUUUUAGCAAUGAAUGCAGUAAUAAUAUACAAAUGUUGCUUCCCGAUCUGGGAAAUUUUAAGUAAAUUCUCAGAUCGGGAAUAGUAACAGGGAACAAACAAAA